CAAAAACUUUAUCACUUACAGCAUAGAACACACCGCUUGUAUUCUAUAGUGUUCUGGGUGUGGAACCUCUGAAGCUUCUUCCUCAGUUUCAGAAUUACAAGCUCCUAUCUUUCUAAAAUAAUGGCUUCACUUUCUCUCAACAUGGUUUCAGUUCCACCAAGAACAACAACAAUCUCAUGCACAAGAACAAGGGUGCCUUCACUUCCUUUCUCAUUCACUAGGAGGAGAUUAACUAUUAGAGCAACAGAAACCGAUACAAAUAAUGUUAAGUCUCAGGCACCGGAUAAGGCUCCGUCGAAAGACGGUUCAUGCAUCAACCAGCUUCUUGGUAUUAAAGGAGCUGCUCAAGAAUCAGUGGGCUGGUCAGGCUUUGUUUGGGACACUCACAUCCGACAUUAUUGUCCUGACGUUGCUAUACAGCAUUCGAAGAUAUACUGGCAUGCUAUCUUAAGUAUACAACAGGUGAUCUUUAUACUUUUUUGCCUCAACUAAGCAACAAAAUCCACAGCUAAUGAAUGUGGGAAGGAUGGAAAACUCUACAUGAUGGUGCAUAGCUUGCUAAUGUUGUUGGUUCUGUGAGUUGUAUUUAGUUGUAGAGGAGGAGCCUUGAAGAAACAGUUAUGUUUUCUCUGUGGAAUCUCAAGGUCAUAGGUUCAAGUUACGGAAUCAGUCAUUGACGGUUAGAUCAAGUCAGAUUGCCUACAUUACACUCAUUGCCUUCCCAGAUCUUGUCUAACGCGGGAUUCUUGUUUUUUUUGCAAUUUGUAUUCAGAAGGUGCGAUCUGUGUAUUAGUUUCUAAUUUAUGCUGUUUUCAAUUGUGAACUUCGACCCCCACAAUGUUAGUUUUUAAACUAACAAGUUUGGUUUUGAUAGGUUUGUACAGUACAGAGGGUAUAGAAAAUGUGGAUGUUUUGGUGCGCAAAGCAUGUAAUAUUGUAAUGUAUCACUGAUGAUCUUCAUAGCAAUAUUAGAGUGGUGACUCAAGAAGUAUAAAAGGAUAUAUGUAAUGUGUGUUUGUUAUGGGUAUUGUAUUGUAUUAAGGACAGGCGAAGUCUAUGGUGUAGAUGCCAAAAGACAUUCACACAUGUAGAA